AUGUACGAAACUACCUUCUGCCCGCCGCUGCUCGCGAACUCGGGACUGACCUGGGUUUUCGUCUCCUCGCCAUGGUGGUCGAUCUGCCAACGGGUUGGCCGACCUGAGUCCCCGAGUUUGGUCUCCAAUGGCUGCUUCGACUACAAAGGACGGAUAGCCGAUAAACGGAAGACCGGCGGGUGGAAGGCCGCCCCUUUCAUCAUCGUGAAUGAGGUGGCGGAGAGGUUUGCGUUUUUCUCGAUUGCGGUGAACAUGGUGGCUUACUUGGUCGGGGAGAUGCACCAGCCUCUGCCGGAGGCCGCCGCGCACGUCGGAAAUUGGGUGGGCGCCGCCUACAUCCUCACCUUGUUUGGGGCAUUCAUGGCCGACGCCUAUUUGGGCCGUUUUCAGACCAUUAUCACCUUCUCCUGCAUUUAUGCUGUGGGAAUGGUGCUCCUAACCCUUUCGGGCUCCAUCCCGGGGCUCCGCCCCCCACAGUGCACCCUCCGACCGUGCCCUCCAGCCACCUCCGGGCAAACAUCCUUCCUCUACCUCUCUCUUGCCCUCAUAGCCGUGGGCACCGGCGGCAUCAAGCCGUGCGUCUCCUCCUUCGGAGCUGACCAAUUUGACGAGGCGGACCCGGCCGAGGCCCGCCACAAGUACUCAUUCUUCAAUUGGUACCGUUACCAGAGGCCAGCCGGGAGCGCCUUCACGAGGUUCGCGCAGGUGAUUGUGGCGGCGGUUAGGAAUCGUGUUGUGGAAGUUGGUGGUGGGCUUUAUGAGGUGGAGGAGAGUAAGGAGUGUGAGAUUCAUGGGGCUACCAAGCUUGCUCACACUCAACAGUACAGAUUUCUGGACAAAGCAGCUGUAGUAACCGACCCGGCCCACGCGGCCGCAGGCACGAGGAACCAGUGGCGGCUGUGCACGGUGACCCAGGUGGAGGAGCUCAAGUGCAUUGUCCGUAUCAUCCCCGUGUGGGCCUCCACAAUCGCCCUCGCCAUCUCCUACUCCCAGAUCUCCACCUUCUUCGUGGCCCAGGCGGCCACCAUGGACCGCUCCCUCUCCCCAACAUUCUCCAUCCCCGCCGGCUCCACACCAGUCUUCAGCGCCGUCAACGCCCUCCUCGUCGUCCCCCUCUACGAGCGACUCGCCGUCCCCCUCCUCCGCGCCCGCACCGGCCACCCCCGCGGCAUCACCUCACUCCAGCGCAUCGGCGCCGGCCUCCUUGUCUCCGUCCCCGCCAUGGUUUCCGCCGCCGUCGUCGAGCGGAACCGUAGGUCCACGGCGGGUGGCCCCCGGCCGAGCGUGUUCUGGCUCUUCCCGCAGUGCUUCCUGAUGGGGAUGGCGGAGGUGCUGGCGUACGUCGGACAGCUGGAGUUCUUCUACGACGAGGCCACCGACGGGACCAGGAGCAUCAGCAGCGCCGUGUUCCUCAGUGAGUUCGGGAUAGGGAGCUGGCUGAGCUCCGCCCUGGUCGAGAUCGUGGGGAGGACCACCGGCGGGGCGGCGGAGGGGUGGCUGAGGGACGACUUGAACCAGAGCAGGCUGGAUAAUUUCUACUGGCUGCUGGCGGGGAUCAAUGUGGUGAACUUCGCCGUGUAUUUGUGGGUUGCGCGGAGGUACAAGGGGAGGAGGGUGGCUGAGCCGGCAGUGGCGGCGGCGGAAGAAUUGGGCGGUGGAGUUGGGCUUCAGAAUGGUAAGGGAGAAGAAAGUAUAUGA